GAUGAUGAGAGUGGGAAUAGUUAAUGCAGUAGGAGGCAGUAAUAUUAUUAAUAAGAAUAAGGUGGUAGUGAACGUGGUUGGUUACGGUGCAAAAGGUGAUGGAAAGACAGAUUCAAGCAAGGGAUUUGUCAAGGCAUGGAGCGCAGUGUGUGGAUCAAAGAAGGCAGCCACCAUGUACAUCCCCAAGGGAAGGUACCUGCUAAAUCCUAUAGUCUUCAGGGGCCCAUGCAGAAACCGAGUCACUCUCCACAUAGAUGGCACCCUUCUGGCUCCCUCCAACUACUGGGCUAUGGGAAAUUCAGGCUACUGGAUACUCUUCAUCAAAAUCAACAGACUUUCCGUCCUUGGGGGCACCAUAGACGCCAAGGGCGCUGCCUUUUGGGCUUGCAGGAAAUCUGGCAACAAAUGCCCUGUCGGAGCCAGGUCAAUGACUUUCAACUGGGUGAACAAUGGUGUGAUCAGCGGCUUAACAUCAAUCAACAGUCAACAAACUCAUUUGGUAAUAAACAGUUGCACCAACGUGUUAGUCAAGAAUGUUAGGCUGAGAGCGCCUGACCAGAGUCCCAACACAGACGGCAUCCACGUCCAGGGCUCCACCGGUGUCACCAUCACCGGAGCCACAUUACGCACGGGAGACGACUGCAUCUCCAUCGGGCCUGCCACCAAGAAUUUGCACAUGACCAACAUCAACUGUGGACCGGGGCAUGGGGUCAGCAUUGGCAGCCUAGGCAAGGACCAGAACGAAGGAGGGGUUCAAAAUGUCACCCUCACAAACGCCGUCUUCACCGGUUCAGACAACGGUGUCAGAAUCAAGUCUUGGGCAAGACCCACCAAUGGUUUUGUCACCAACAUUGUUUUCCAGAAUCUGAUCAUGAAUGGAGUUAAGAACCCAAUCAUCAUAGACCAGAACUACUGCCCCAGCAACAAGGGUUGUCCACGGCAGAGCUCUGGAGUGAAGAUCACCCAAGUCACCUACAAAAACAUAAGAGGAACUUCUGCCACCAAAGAGGCUGUGAAAUUCGAUUGCAGCGGUAGCAACCCCUGCAGAGGAAUCAGAUUGCACAACAUCAAUCUCACUUAUCGAGUCAACAAAAAUGUGAUUGCCUCUGCCAUUUCCUCCUGCAAGAACAUCGCUGGAACUACCACGGGAGUCCUCAUUCCCCGCCCAUGCAUCCCAAGAUGAUCAUCAUCAUCAAUGGUCAUGAUCGUGAUGAUAUAGCAGCUCAUAUUCCUCAUAUAUAUUAAUUGGUGGGGGUACUGUAGUUUGGUUGUGUACUAUGUAAUUCACACACUUAUUAGAGUACUUACUUAAUAGUACAAUUUAAUUUACUAGCCUUUUGUAUUUAUAUAAAAUAGAAUGCAAUCGAUCGAGCUAGUUUACAACUAUUUACCUGCCUUAAUUUGCUUCUAUAUAUAACAUUUGGAAGCUAGUUUAGUGGAUUUGGGAAAAGCCAUAUAUUGCUCCUCCUCCUAAAUCCUGAUGAUGAUGUACACCUACUCAUGAUUAAUCAGUUUCUGAUUGUAUAUGUAAAUAAAUGUAAUGUAGUAUGUGAAUGUAAUGCUUGUUGGGUUUAAAAGUUCUUGUAUUAAUUAAUGAACUGAUGACCAUAAGGAUUCCUUUAAUGCAUCUAAGUACGUACGUAAUUGAAAACAAAAAAAAAAAUGUUAAAAUCACUUAAGUCUUCUUAAGUGUCCAAUUUCUCUCUUACAACUCGCAUUAGUGAUGUUGUGUGAAGAAAAGGUAACACUCUGUACAUCAAAGUGAAAAAUAAAUGAAGAAAAUGCCUAAAAAAUAAAUAUGUAGUAGUAAGUAGUGUGGGUAUGGGCAUAUAUGUAUAUGCAUCUACAACUGCUUCAAAUUGUCAGUCCUGGGUGGAUCUGCCUUGUAUGAUGAUGAUGAUG